AUGCCUGGGCUGGCCGCGUCCCUACACUCGCCGGAGCGCACGAAGCUUGGAGGAUACGAUUUCUACCGCGAGGUGCUUGGCAGUCCAAAGUAUGUUGUCGCGCCGAUGGUCGAUCAGAGUGAGCUGGCGUGGAGAAAGCUGUCAAGGAAAUACGGAGCGCAACUUGUGUAUACACCAAUGAUCAACGCAAAGAUGUUCGCACAAGAUAUGCGCAGGCAAUAUAGAGAGCAGGCGUUCAACACCACGUUUGGGGAAGAAGGCGGGCCUGAGGACCGGCCGCUGAUUGUGCAGUUCUGCGCGAACGAUCCAGAACAACUACUGGUAUCGGCAAGAGCGGUUGAGGGAUAUUGUGACGCAGUAGAUGUCAAUCUCGGAUGCCCGCAGGAUAUCGCACGAAGAGGACAUUAUGGGUCGUUUUUGCAGGACGAGUGGGAUCUGAUAUAUAAUCUCAUCAACACGCUGCAUCGUAACCUCAAUGUGCCUGUGACUGCCAAGUUCCGUGUGUUCUCCACGGUAGAGAAGACAGUGGAGUAUGCAAAAAUGCUAGAGAGGGCAGGGGCGCAGAUUCUGACAUGCCAUGGACGCACGCGCGAGCAGCGUGGACACAAGAGUGGUCUCGCAGAUUGGGAGAAGAUACGUGCAGUGAAGGAGGCGGUAUCUGUGCCAGUGUUUGCGAAUGGGAACAUCCUGUUCCACUCUGACAUCGAACGCUGUCUGAAGGCGACAGGGGCGGACGCGGUGAUGUCUGCUGAGGGCAAUCUGUAUAAUCCUGCAAUAUUUUGUGCGGCAGAUCCUUUCGUGUCUACGUCAGGACCGGCAUCGAGCUCGUCAUCGCCGUCCUCCGGCCCCACAAGUGGAUCCGACGCUGUGUCGUUGUUGUCGGAGUAUUUGACGGGUAUGCAUCCACGGUGUACGCAAUUAGCACGGGAGUAUCUGGCGAUUGUCAAGUCACAACGCACGCCGACUGCCCCGAGUGCAGUGAAGGGCCACUUGUUCAAGCUGCUGCGGCCUGCACUCGGAAAGGAAAAGGACUUGCGUGAACAGCUUGGCCGUGCGCGGAUUGACAAGAAUGACGAUUCGGUAGCCCUGACGCGGUACGGAGAGAUCGUAGACGAGCUGAAUAAACGUAUGGAGCGAGAUGAGAUAGCAACAGAGGGCAAGGACCCAGGGUCGCUAGUCGUUACUGAUGGACCGACGGGGCUCCCUGUGCUGCCACAUUGGCUUGUUCAGCCAUAUUUCCGACCGCUUCCACCAGCUGAUUCAGAUGCGACGAAGGGAAAGGCCAGCGUGGAGAAUGCAGCAGCUAGAGAACCGGUCUCUGCCAUGGCGGAGGUCGCCCCAGGUACGCCAUCAUCCGACGUUGCUACCUUAAGCGGAAAACGGUCAGUGACAGAACGGGCACCGGACCCAGAAGAGGACGGGCGCAGAGACCAAGGCAAACGCGUAAAGUUGGAGACAGUUGAAGGGCUAGCGCUGCAGAGUGAGUGA